UGUGCCUCCCACCUCAGCCCUCCACCCCCUAUCUCUUUACAGGACUGCCAGCCCGUCUAGAGUUAUUCCAGGAAUGCGAUGAACAUGGCUGCCGCGAUGAAGGCGCAAAAAACGGGACUGCUGGAACUUCGGGUGACCGUGGACCGCUGGAUCCGGGUGUUGGCCACACUCACUGAGGAUACGCUUACUAUAAACCCCGGAGACGGCGCCGAAGAACCCGCGAAGCCCCCACCGAAUCCCGCCGGUGCUAUCAACGGAGACCCCCCGAACCUCAGCUCGUCCCCGGUCCCAGAAACCAUCACCAACGUGAAACGCACCGUGCGAGUUACCAAGCAAGAUGUUGGAGGACUCGGGAUUAGUAUCAAAGGUGGAAAGGAGAACAAGAUGCCAAUCCUCAUCUCCAAGAUUUUUAAGGGCCUGGCUGCUGACCAGACCGAGGCGCUUUAUGUCGGUGACGCCAUAUUGUCUGUCAAUGGUUAUGACUUACGGGAGGCCACACAUGACGAGGCAGUGCAAGCUUUGAAGAAGACCGGAAAGGAAGUCAUCCUUGAAGUGAAGUACAUCAAGGAGAUGUCAGCCUUCUUUAAAAGCUCGGGGUCCCCUGGGGCUGCUCUCCCGUGGGACUCUCCCCCUUCAACACCUCAGAGGGGGACUGAGCUCUCCCCUCCUGAGGUGAAGGAGCCCCGCAGCAUCCCACUGAAGAUGUGCCAGGUGUCACGCAAACAGUGCCCCCCGGACACAGAAAACAGGUAUUUUGAGGUGAUUUCGUCCAACAGAAAGAACUCUGUGUUCCUUCGGGCGAAAGACCCAGCCAUGGCCCAGUCCUGGUACAAUGCCAUCCAGGCUGGAGUGGCCAACCUUUUACCACGAAUGAAGGAGGAGCUGAAGAGCAUGCAGCCUGGCAUGGAGGUCAAACAUGUGGGCUGGAUUACAGAGCAGGUGACCCAGGGCCCAGAGAGACCAGUAUUAGCUAUGCUGACUGAUAGAGACCUGCUGCUGUAUCCCUCCUUGCCUGAAAGCAAAGACAGCAUCAGCAGUCCCACCAAGAGUCACCCGCUCAUCACUACCAGACUGGUCCACUCUGGCCCAGGAAAAACUUCUCCCCUCCUGGACUCUGAGCUUUCAUUUGGCCUGCGUUCAGGCACCAAACAAGGCGUGGAGACCCAUGUGUUCAGGGUGGAUUCUGCCAAGGACCUGUCCACCUGGACUCAUCUGCUGGUAGAGGGCUGCCACAAUGCUGCUGAACUCAUCAAGGAGGUCACAACGGCCUGUAGUUGGAAUGGAAAGGAGUGUACCCUGGGAGUGCACAUUGAUGAGGGUUUCACGCUAUUCACUGAAGAGAUGGGUGUCAGGAAAAGUAUUCUUCUCCAGCAGCCCUUUGAGCGCCUAAGAAUGUCCUCAGAUGAUGGAGUUCGCAUGAUGUUCCUUGACUUUGGAGGCCCUGAGGCCGAGAUUCAACUGGACCUCCACUGUUGCCCCAAAACCAUAGUCUUCAUCAUCCACUCUUUUCUGUCUGCUAAGGUCAAGCGACUAGGCCUGCUGGCAUGAUAACGGCCAACUAUUUGGAACAUCAACAAUAGGAAUAUUAAAUAAAACACACAGUCUGAAAGACUUUGGAGGAUGGAGCCCAGGAAUAGAUGCUGACUAGCUGCUUCUUUUCAGACCUCCUAGGUCUCUGAAAUGAUCAUCCCUGGUCAGGCUCCUCCUGGUCUUCCUGGUCUCUAGAGGAGUGACGAGAAACUGCAACAUUGAUGGACCUUUUGUUGAACUUGUAGUUGUAAGGUAAAGGGAGAUGGUGCAAAUCAGUGGCCAUUUGAAACGUGAGAUCUGUCAAAUCUGUCACUGUAAGUCAUGAAACUUUAUGAUGGCAAACUGUAUAAUGAUGACAGCCUGCAUCUUAAUGUUUCUAAGAUUGAAAGUCCCAGCCAUUUUAAUUUUUUUCCCCCCAUUGUUUGGUUUAGUUUUGUUUCAUGAGUCACAGCAGGCCUUUGUCAUGAGCAUCCUUUCAUCUUUCAAUCUUUGCUUUAUGUGCUGUGAGCAGUCAUAACAAAAGUUAUUUCACAAAUGUCCUGAUUGAUGUUGGACAAACUUAGUUUUUCUUAAGGCAGCUUCAGUGGAGUGACAGGAUGACAUGACUGAUCACUAUAUGGCUCUAUGGUCUGUAUUGAACAAUGUAAAACAUACAACCAUAAUGAAAUGCUGUUUAUGUGGAUGCUUAAGUUGCCUUUACCAUGAAGCUUUACAAAAAGCUACAUCUCAACUUCCAAAUACAAAAUCAAUAUAUGUCAAAUGUUUCAUUUUAUCUGAACAACUCUUCUUUUAUUUUCCUGUCUGUUCUCUUUGUUUGCUCAAAAAUCAGUGACCUAAUAUAUAAAAAAAUGGACUAAUAGAGUACAAUAUAAAAGGAUUUUUUAAUUAUGUUUUAGCUUAAUGACUGAAUUAGAUAUAUGUGUUUAAUUCUAACACCACCUUGAGUGCAGAGACGGACUCAAUAUCCAGUAUGACUCUGCAGAUUCAUUUGGUUUAGGCCUUUGUGAUUUACAGAAUAAGAGCUCUAGGAGUUGUACUGACAAAGGCUGUCACAUAAUCACAUAUUGAUAGCCGACAGCUAAGCUACUUCUCCUGUAUGGAUAAGCUUUCAAGUGUACUGAGUUUGGCUCUGAAAUAAAUGUAUUUUGUAGUACAAAAGGUUUAUGUCUGAAUUUAAUCACCAGAUAGGGAAAAUGUGCUUCAUCAGAAAUAUGUCCAACAUUUAAUUAUGUAAGUGGUGAUAGAUGUUGGGUUGUUUACAUAAAAGUGUUCAGAUCAUUUCUCCUUUAUCAUUUUGUGUCAACUGAACAUCCAAGCCUUGGGGCCUUCUCUCUCUCUGUCCGACACUAAAACAGACUUGUAUUAAUAUAUAUUUCAAAACUAAAACUUGUUUGCUUUCAAGAAUAAAAUGUAUUGUAUAUUCUUAUUUAAACAAAGGUGUGCCUUGCAGGGUUGUUUGUAUAUAAAUAUGUAAUAAACUUUGUUAACUUUUA